UUGGGAAUAUUAUUACUCAAAACAAAAAAAAUAUAUAUAUAUAUAUAUAAUGAAUUAGGUUAAAAAAGAGGGUGACGCAAGCGUGCGUUUAAAACCCAUCAAACUCUCCACUCACUUAGUUUCAUUCUUCAUUCUUCUUCUUCACCUUCCACACUUACGCAUCUCUCAUCUUCUUUUAUUUUUCCCGCAUUUUCUUCCUUUUAACUCGAGAUGGGGAGACACGAUGAUGAAACAGAGACAUCGUACAUUACAGUCCCUAGCUUCUUCAAAUGUCCUAUAUCUCUAGACGUGAUGACAUCUCCCGUUAGCCUCUGCACUGGCGUAACCUACGAUCGAGCCAGCAUCCAGCGAUGGCUCGAUGGAGGUAACAACACUUGUCCCGCUACUAUGCAACUCCUCAAAACUCAAGAUCUCGUUCCUAACCUCACUCUCCAACGUCUCAUCAAACUCUGGUCCGACUCUUCUGGUCCCGGUUCUUCUCCGAUUCUGAAUCCUCCUUCUGGUACAAAAGUUCCGACCAAGGAAGAAGUUAAUGAGUCGUUGAAUAGACUGAUGACAACUCUCUCGAGAGACGACGACGUUCGUAUUGAGAUUUUGACUAGGAUCGUUCGGUUCUUGAAAGACUCUGAUACGAACAGAGAGUUUCUCAAGAAGAAGAAGACAGAGUUUAUAACAUUGCUCGUUGGUAUCAUACGAAUGAAGACGACGACGAAGAAGAAGAUGGAGUUAGUUCUAAUGGCGACUAAGAUUUUGGAUACGAUCAAACCAGAUCGUGAAACGUUAUCGAAUCUGAUGCUCAACGACGACGGAGGAGAUUGUUUAACGGCGAUGCUCUUAGCGAUCCGACGAGGGGAUCAAGAUUCGAAGAUCGAAGCCGUUAGGGUUUUGGAUUGGAUCUCAUACGACGCUAGAUCGAAGCUCUUGGUCGCGGAACACGACGGCGUUUUAACAGAGACGAUCAAAUUGAUCAACGUCACCGACUCAGAUCCGAGUUUGAUCGAAGCGAGUUUAUCGUUUCUAAUCACAAUCUCUAAAUCGAAACGAGUCGGAUCAAAACUAAUCGCUGCUAAAGUAAUCUCCAAGAUCAAAGACAUUCUCAUGACCACGGAGAUGACGAGCGUCUCCGUGACGGAGAAGUCACUGAAGCUGUUGGAGACUCUGUCGUCGAAGCGAGAAGGGAGAGCAGAGAUGUGCGGGGAAGACAACGGGAGAUGCGUGGAAGGAGUUGUGAACAAGCUUUUGAAAGUGUCGACGGCGGCGACGGAGCACGCGGUGACGAUACUGUGGUGUUUGUGCUAUGUUUUCAGGGAAGGUACGGCGGCGGUGGAGAGGAGUAACGGAGUGACGAAGCUGUUGGUGGUGAUACAGAGCAACUGCUCGGUGAUGGUGAGACAAAUGGCUAAAGAUCUCAUUAAAGUGUUGAAGAUUAACUCUUCUGCUUUGUCUGCUUAUGAGACCAAGACCACUCAUAUUAUGCCUUUUUGAUUUUUAUAUUUUUGUUAUUAUAAGAUAAGAAACAAAAAUAUGUUACUGGCGAACUAUUUUGAAACCUAGUCGAGAUAUUUGUAAAUCAUCCUUAGGCAAGUUUUGUUAUAGUGUAAUCGAUUUUACUACUAAUGAAUGGUUUCUUGUAA